AGUUAAUAUGCAGGAAAUUUAAUAAAAGAGAGAUAUAUAUAACGAGGGAUGGUCUCCUAGAGAAUUAGAAGAUAAAUAAAGUAAUCUCUUUUUGUAUUUAUAGAAUUUUCGACAAAGAUUACAUUGAUAGCAUUAAUUUUAGCUAUCACAUUAAUAAUAGUAGCAAUUACUUUUUUUAACAAAUAUUCGCUUACUAUAAUGAUGUUACUUUUAUUUUCAGGAAUCGUUUCAAUUGUCUUAAGUGUAAUUUCUUAUAUAAAAUUUGAAUUUAGGGUGUUAUUAUGUAUUGGUUUAACAUAAGUCAGAUUACUUAAGAAUCAGAGGUUGAGUUACAAAAAAGAAAAUUUGAAGUAGAUUCAAGAAUUUCAGCAAUUGUAUUUCUGGGUUCAUUCAUCAAUAUAUUAUAUAAUAUAAUUUUGCUAGUGUUUUUAGUGUUUUGGUAUAGGAUAGGAUAAGACUAUUAUUAGGCUAAUCAUUCAGUUGAUACUAGUAUUACAUACAUGAAUGAUUAUAAAAUUGGAGUAAUUUUAGGAUUUCCAAUUUUGAUUUUGAUAAGUUUAAUAUUGAUGUAUGUGGCAUUCACUAGUUACAUUACAGUACCUCAGAAAUCAUAAUUAAGAGUCUGCAUAUAUGUAUUUGCAUUAUCAACUAUUCUAAUUGCAUCUUUAGCUUUAAAUCAAGCAAACCAAGCAUCUGCUGAUUUAUCAACACCCUAUUCACCCAUAUUAAUUUCAAGUGCAUUUUCACUUUUUAAAACUUUAUCAAUUAUUUCAUUGAUUACAGCUUUAUUUGCUUUUAUAAUUACAUUUAUUUAUAGGAAUAGUCUUUUUGAAACAAUUGGAUAUGCUAAUCUAAUUUUGAUAUUUUUAAUAACUGCCUGUUCAUUUUAUAUAAUAAGAUAAAGUGAAUAGAUGAGAUCAGCCUAUAUAAAUUAAUGUGGAUAGGAAAUGCGUAAUACUCAUUAAGAUUGGAUAAAGGAAAAUGCAAGCUGUAACAAAUAUUAAGAAUAAAACACUUGUGAUCCAUAAUAUUAAUCAAUAUUCUGGGAGAAAGAUAGUAGUUAAUAGUGUUUAAAUGUUUCAUGUUGUAAAGCAUUCUCAGAUUCAAUGUCUAAGAAUAUAUUUUAUACAGGCUUUUUUUCAUUAUUAUUAGUAAUAAGUGGAUUCGCCUUAUCUACUGCUUUAUUAUAAGUUGAUACAACUUUAAAAGGAAUGUAGAUACCAAAUAGAAAGGAAGAUUGGACUUUUGUCUUAAUUGGAUUAGUGGUGUUAGUAUUCUCUUUGCUGCUAAUUUUUGGAUCUGUAACUUAGCCUAAUUAAAAAGAUAUUAUAAUUGUUGCAAAUCAAUAAGUAAUCUAAGCCAAUAAAAAUCCAUUGGUAUAUCCAACAGGUAUUGAGAAUGUCACUGGAUGUGAAUCUUUCAUGGAAGUGUAUAAGAAAUAGAAUAAUAAUAAAGAAUUAGUACUAAAUGAAGAUUCAAGAUUAACUAUCUUGGCACCAUAGAUGUAAUUAGUGGUUACAGAAUAUGUGAAUUCACCUAAAGUUUCUUAUAUUCCUAAAGAAAUGAUAAAAAAUGUGUUUUACAAUUAGGCUGGAAAAAAUGAUGGAAUAUUUGGAGUAGAAGGUGAUAAAGGUGAAAUAAAAAAAAUAUUAUCAAAUCACAUUCAAAUAUGUAGUGAAGGUGAUAAAAAGUAAUUGACAAUUGAUACUUUUGCAUUAUAAAGCAGUAGAUUAUUAUGGUAAAAGCAUAAAGUACAUGCAGCAGAAGAUAAAUCAUUUAAUUAAGAAGCAAAAUAAUACAUUAGUAAGAAUUUGAAGUUUACUAAUUUAUAAAUCAAUAUUAUUGAUAUUUAAUCUGGAUUAGAAUUGGAUGAUGUUAUUUUGUAUUUUUAUAAGAAUGAGGACGAUUGUGGUAAAAUUAAGCCAAUACCUUAAAGAAUAAGUAAUCAUAUUAGAUAAUUUUUGAAUAGUCACUGUAAAUUAAAAUAGUGUGUUAUACAAUAUGGUUGUUAGAGAUUAUUAUUUUGGAGCUGAGAAGAAAGGUUAUUAUCUUUAUUGCAAUAAAUUUACAAAUUAAGAAAAUACUAAAAUUUUAGAGGUCACAAUGAUUCCUAGAAAUACUAAGAAAGGCCAAUUAACAGUUACAUUAGAAGUUCCUAAAUAGAAUAAAUUUAAUGUAUUAUUAGGUGCAGCAUAUCCAGAAUGUGUUGUUGGUUUUUUUAAUGAAAAUUGUGGAGGUAUGCAAUUUUAUGGAAGCAAAACUGCUUAAUCAAUUUAAAUUAAUUAAUUGGCAAACAGGAAGUAUACUUUUUUUGUAUAAUUUGAUCCAAUUGAUGGCAAAUUGAAAGAACUUAAUAAUAAAAAAUCUGAAGGAUUGAAGAUUGAUUCAUCUAUAAUUGAUAAUGAUCCUAUUUUCAAAGAAAUUAAACCUGUUGUUACUUUAUAUGGUUAUGAAUAAGAGAGACCAAUAAUUAGAUAUACAUUACCUUAAAUAAGUAAUCUAAAAAAAGAACCGAAUUUAACUUGGUUAGUUUUAUGUGUAGAUGGAGGAAUUGGAGAUAUUUCUUAAAAAUCUUGUGGUUAAUUUUGGAAAUAUUCAGAGAAUCCAAAUAAAUUUGAAAGAGCAGAAAAUUCAAAAGAGAUUUAUCCAUAAGUUUGCAAUAAAUUAUGA